UUCAAAACCAACAACAAGUCAACAACGCAACCGAAGUUUUUGUUAAUAUAUUUAUUGCAAUAAUUUCAUUUAUUAAAUUGUAAAGUAACGAAUAAAAGAACAUUAUUUUUUUUUGGUAUCGACCUGUAUGGCAUUUUCACCAUCCAAUUUCUAGGAUUCCAACACAAUUUACAACAGUAUAUAAACAAUAAAUAAUAAUUAACUUUUAAGAGUUUUUACAAUAAUUUAUUAUUUCGCAACUGUGGUACUUUAUGUUUAUAUUGUUGAAGUCUAAGUGUACCAAAAUUUAAUAAAAUCUUAUAUAUUGUGUUUCUAUUAAGCUUGUGGUGUGGUGCAACGUAUAUAAAUAUGAAGUUGGAGGAAUGUGCAACUGAGGUGUGUAGUACGGUGGUAACUGGCAGUGGUGGGCGCGCUCAGAGACUAGCGGUGGAGAGCAGCGGCACACUGGCGCUGUACGAGGGCUCUGUCCGGCUGCGAUCUUGGCCACUACAUAUUGCGAGACUCCGCUCAGAUCUACCGAACUGUGAAAUAAGUAUAGAAAUGGGUGGAGAGACCGUGAAAUGGGCAUGUCCCGAUGAAACAUCACGCGCUCACCUAAACCGCGCAGCGGUCGCUGCCACUUCAUCUACUGCCAACAAUUCUCUUUCGGAAACUGAGCUAGCUUCUUUGCUAGAAGAUGCCGAAAUCGAAGAAGGCGACGCCGAAAGACGUGUCAAGAGGUUGGCUGAGAAAUUAGCUCGACUGGAUGCUCUGAACGUAGGAGGCAUGUUGGCUGCUGCCACGGAAGGAGGCGGUGCUAAACUUGCCGCCAGGCUUGAGGAGGGCAGUGCGCUGGGCGCGUCGCUUUCGGCGCGAGCGGGCAGGCUGGAGGCGCUGGCGCGGGCCGGCGGUGGAGCGCUGCCGGCGCGAUGGGCGGGCGGCAGAGCGGACGACGGUGCCCGCGCGCUUCGCGCCGAGCUCGCCCACGUCGUGGCUUGGCUGGACGCCCCCCCUCUCGCCGACCUCGACCGGUUGCCCGAGCAGAUACCGCUGGCGACCGCGGAGGGAAGGGCGCGGGCGUCGGCGGCGGCGGAGGCGCUAAUCGACGCGCUCGAGGCCGAGCGGACCGCGCCCGCCGCCCGCCUCCGGCUCGCCGCCGUAAGAGAACGGCUGCGCCGCCUUCGGCGUGCGCGCGAGCAGCUAGCCACCGCCGUGGCCCGCCACCUCAACAACGCGCUCAUCCACCUCGCCAACGAGGCGCAGACGGCGUCGGGAGGAACGUCGCGUCGCCACCACGUGGAGCUGGCGCCGUACGCCCCGCUCGCGCGGCGUCUGCGCGAGAUGGACGAACGCGCGCACGAGGCUCUGCUGCGUGUUUACGUGACGACGUGGAGCAAGCUGUACGAGCGCGAGACGGCGAACAUCUGCGCCGUCGCCCGGGAGCGCCUCGACCGGCCCGACCGCGUCGACGCUCCUCUCGCCGACGCACUCACCGCGGUGGAGACGGUGUGCGACGCCGAACAAGAUUUCUGCACGCACUUCUUCGCUCUCGACGUCGAUCGGAAGGAUGGCUGCGAGGGCGAAAGGGGCGAGGCCGCGGUGAGGCGCACCAUGAACGAGCUGUUUCCGGCGCUCGAGCAGCAGCUGCUGGGGCUGCUGGCGCACGUGGAGCGGGAUCCGUUCGGGGCCAUGCGAGCUCUCGCGUGGUUGGGUCGGCGCGUUCUCGGUGACGGCGGAGAGGCGGCCGAGGGGCGCUGGUCGCGGCAGGUGCUGGCGGCGGUGGCCGUGGCCGCCAAACGCGCCGCCGACCGCGCCCUCGCCGAGCGUCUGGCCGCGAUGCCCGACGCCGUCAAACAGGCGGCCAAGAAGCCCAAGUGCGGCAUCUUCGGCUUCAUCUCGGAGCUGGAGGAGGUGAGCGGCGAGUGCGAGCGGAUCUUCGCGGGCGGCAGACGCGCCGAGCUGGACCGCUGGUACUGCGCGCUCGUGAGCGGCGCGAUGGCAGCCGUGGAGGCCGCCGAGCACCCGCGCACACCGCGCGAUGUCGUGCAGCUUGAGAACUUUCAUCGGCUGCACGCGGCCCUGAGCGCGCUGCGAGUGCCCGCGCUCGAGCCUCUGCGGCGCGAGGCCAAGCGACGCUACGCCGACGCGCUGCGGCGCUACGUGACGCUGUCGUUCGGGCGGCCGCUCGACAAGAUCGCCGCCUUCUUCGAGGGCGUCGCCGAGGCGGUCGCGGCGGGCGCCCGCGAGGACGAGGUCUGCUUCCGCGCCGCCUUCGGCAAGCACGAGCUGCGGCGUCUGUUGGCGCUGUACCCGCCGCACGAGGUGCGUCGUUCGCUGCACCGCCUGUAUCGCAGCGUGGAGAAGCACCUGAGCGAGGAGGCGGGGCUACUGCAGGUGGUGUGGCGCGCCAUGCAGGAGGAGUUCCUGGCGCAGCACGUGGCGCUGCAGACGCGCAUCGCGGCCUGCUACCCCGGCGCCGGCCUGGCGCUGCCCCUCGACACGGCCGACAUCCUGAGCGCCUUCUCGGACAUCGCGCGCGACCACUGACUCUCUGCGACUCUCUGGACGAGGGAACCCACGACGACGACGACGACUUUUAUUGAGAAACAUUGACCAUUCAUGUCUACCAAAAUAAUAUUCUGUUUACAUAGGCAGAAUAUUGAGAAUUUAUAUAAUUAAAUUUUAAACUUUUCUCCCUAAUCUCGUCAACCCUGAGUUUCCCGUAGGAGGAAUUCUCCAUUUUGAUGUAGAAUUUAAAUCCAUCUCUGUAUGUCGAACUCUAAAGGAAGAAGUGAAGUAUAGUAUUAUUACAGUAAUUGUAGUGCAAUAUUGAUAAUUCUUUAGCUAGUUUUUCGUUUUUAAUUUAGGACAAGAUUGUGUUCCAACAGCAAUUCAAUCGAAUCUAAUGGAAGUAACCAGCGAUAUGUGCGGAAUGUGGUAUUUUUUUUUAAUCUAACUUUCUUACCUGACCCGGUUUAACAACAUUGGCAGUGGAGCCAUUCUACCGGUCUAAUGUUUGGAGUCUCUUCUCGAUCAGAUAAUUUAUACCUUAACUAAUUUGUCGUGAAAAGGCGAAUGUAUUUACUUAUAAUUUUCUUUAACGAAGUUGUUUCUUUAGGUCCGUUAGGUAGUCCAGGAAUUAUAUACUUACCACUACUCAUGCAGUAACGUGAAAGGACUUUUCGAGUUGACGAUGGUCUAAUUUUGUGUGAUUUACAGUUUACAUUUUUUAAUAAUUGAUGUUGAAAUUAUUGUGACGUGUUCCGCAAAUCCAUUACCAAAUCGACUAAAUUGAGACCGGUAGCAAAUUUGUCUUCAAGCCACAGUUAUCUAUGUGCUUAAUAUUUCAUGUUCUCAUUUUCCUUAUUGCAAUUCCAAAAAUCUAUUUAUGGAGGAUGUUAUAACAAUGAAAAAUGUUACCCUCUAUUAUUUUUUAAUUUUUAACCACAUUAAACAUUUAAAUUGAAAAAGUUAUAUAAGCUUACCCAAACAAUAGGCUGACUAUGAAAAAUGUGGAAAGACGGUUUAUUUGAUGUUGGAAUUUGAGUGGAAUUGAGUAUUUUGUUAAUAAAAUGAUAUAUCAAUUAAAUACUA